AGCCCUAAAAUGUAAAAACCACAGGAUGAAAAUGGCGGGCAAGGCAGACCGUCACAAGUACACACCAUCCAAUUUCUAUGGGAAAGUGAGAGAAGGAAGCCUCAUCCUGAAGAAAUUGCUGGUUCUCUUAGACUUGUGCGGAUGCGGUGAGCUCGGCUUAGGUCGGAGGAAAAGAUCAAAAUUUAUUUCUUAGUUGAGUUGGUUGCAUUUUUGCCAAAGUUAGCCACAGGUGGCAUAUAGAAAGCGAACGUUGAAAACUAAGGAACCAAAGCUCUUCAAUUUCAGAGAGAGACGGAACACUUGCUCAGCCCCAUACAUAGGAGAAAAAGUUCAACUUCAAAGCAUUAAAAGCAUCGUAGAUUCUUACGUCUCAGAAUACCACUCUCAACUCACAGAUCAGUUCUUGUCUCUCUCUCUUUCUCUCUCUCUCUCUCCCUCAAGUUUGAAACUUUUUUGUUUGUUUGUUCAUAUUCUUGAAUCAAUAUUGAUAUUUUGUUCGGCUUUAUUUUAGCUUUUAAUUUAUAAUUCUAUUGGUUUCACUUGGAUUUGGUUUGGGUGCCGAGGAAAUUCAGGAUGAUUUGAAUACCAUGUUUUAUGUUUCUAAGCUGUUUGUAUUUUCUCUCCACCGAGCAAAUAAUUGCAACUAGGGAAAGCUUCAAGCUCUUUGAUUAGUAAAACGUCCAGGUUCAUUGUACUCGAAGUACUGUUUUUUUAACAAGUUUUCUAAGCCAAAAAGGUACUGGUUUUUCAGUGUUGAUUUGUCAUUUCAUACCCCAAAAAAAUCACAAAAAGCGAUGAUUUUUAAGCAUUGAUUUUUCGUUUCGUACCAAAGGAAAAUAAAUUAAAAAACUUUCUUUGCAUUCUCUAACUACUACCACACCAAACCCACCUCCCAGUUUAAACUCGUGCGUCAAAAUGGCGACUUUGGAGGAUUCGCCGGUGAAUUCCAAGCUCUCUCCACCGAAUACAUAUGGAGCUGUGGUUCUUGGCGGCACCUUUGACCGAUUACACGAUGGCCAUCGCCUUUUUCUCAAGGCAGCGGCGGAGCUGGCAAGGGAUCGAAUUGUGGUUGGACUAUGCGACGGACCCAUGUUGAACAAAAAACAGUUUGCUGAUUUGAUACAACCCAUUGAGGAAAGGAGGCAUAAUGUUGAAAAUUACAUCAAGUCUAUCAAGCAGGGGCUGGCGGUGCAAGUUGAACCUAUUACGGAUCCCUAUGGCCCCUCAAUAGUUGAUGAAAGUUUGGAGGCAAUUGUUGUCAGCAAGGAGACUUUGCCCGGUGGACUGUCUGUUAAUAAGAAGAGAGUGGACAGAGGCCUUUCACAACUUAAGAUUGAAGUUGUAGAUCUAGUUUCUGAAGCAUCUAGUGGAGAUAAGCUUAGUUCAACAACAUUAAGGAGCCUUGAAGUGGAGAAGGCGAAGAAUCAACAGCCGGUGUAAACCUAGCCCUUACUUCUGAAAAAUGUUUCUGGAAACUAUGCAAGUAUAAGAUUUGUCUUUGUAGCAAUCUUAAGUUAUAAUCACCACUUGAGAAAUUAAUAAAAUGUUUUUAGACGAGUUCCUGGCACUUUUUAAUAUUAUUC